UCCGGUCGGUGGCCUCGAAAGGAAGGCCAAGGAUGGUGUAACAGAGCUACUACAAACGUGUCGUCGAGUUUUUCGAUGAAUCGAGUAAGCUGAUAAUCUAGUAUAUAUUAACAUUUCAUUAUAAUUAGAGACCACCCACCUUCUCUGUCGGUCCGUCCGUGGCUGUAAUAUAUUGCAUGUGGAGCUGGAUAUCAUCCAUUGAGUUGAGUUGAGUUGGAUCGUGAUUUGGGCUAGCUUUUAAUUGCUCAUGGGUUCGAAAGAGGUUGAGGGAGGAAUACUGAAGCCGGUUCAUUCGCCGGAGACUGCUGCGACAACGGCAAGUGAGUUCAAAGGGAAAGAAGGGCCGAUUUUCCAUUCCAUAUUGGCGAUUAUUCUAUGGCUUGGUGCCUUUCAGUUCAACAUCCUAGUCACUUCGGCCUCUUUCUUCUUCCUUUCACUCCCUGGGUUCUUCGCGGUAAUGGGGUUGUUUAUUGUAUUCACGGUGAUUCCCAUAGAUGAAAUGAGCAAAUGGGGCAGGAAAUUGGCAAGCUAUAUAUGUAAGCAUGGAUGUGGGUAUUUUCCGAUCACUCUGCAUGUAGAGGAUAUGAAAGCCUUUGAUCCAAAUAAAGCAUAUGUUUUUGGGUAUGAGCCACAUUCAGUUUUUCCCCUUGGUAGUGUUGUAUUGUCGGACCUGGUAGGUUUUAUGCGAUUUCCCAGAAUCAAGGUCCUUUCAAGUAGCGCUGUGUUCUAUAUACCUUUGUUGAGACACAUAUGGACAUGGAUGGGACUUACACCUGCAACCCGGAAAAACUUUGUCUCACUCUUGUCAUCUGGUUGCAGCUGCUUAAUAAUCCCUGGAGGAGUGCAAGAGAUCAUCCAUAUGGAGCAUGGUUCUGAGAUUGCGUUUGUGAAAUCAAGACGAGGAUUUGUACGUGUAGCUAUGGAGGUAGGAUGUCCAUUAGUUCCUGUUUACUGCUUUGGCCAGUCAAACGCUUACAAAUGGUGGAAGCCUGGGGGAAAACUGUAUGCUAAAAUUGCAAGAACUCUUAAAUUCACCCCCAUCAUGUACUGGGGUGUUUGGGGGUCACCUGUUCCUUUUCGUCAACCAAUGCAUGUGGUUGUUGGGAAACCAAUUCUUAUCAAGAAGAAUCCGCAACCCUCCAUGGAAGAGGUGAAUGAAGUACUUGACCAAUACAUAGAAGAACUUACUAAACUGUUUGAGACCCAUAAAGUCAGGCUUGGCUAUGGAGAUCUUCACUUGAGAAUUCUCUGACUAAGUAAGUAG